AUGGUUCUCCGAUCGAAGAUCGUCGAGUGCGUGCCAAACUUCAGCGAGGGCCAAGAUGCUUCGGUUAUCGAUGCUAUAUCGACGGCGAUCCGGCAGACGACCGGCUGCACUCUAUUGAAUGUGGAUCCAGGCGCAUCGACCAACCGCACCGUGUACACUUUCGUCGGAUCCCCCGAUGCCGUCAUUGAAGGCGCUCUCAGUGCCGCCCGAGUGGCUCACAGACUCAUUGACAUGAGUAAGCACAAAGGAGAACAUGCCAGGCUCGGUGCUCUGGAUGUGUGUCCCUUCAUCCCUGUCCGCGGAGUCGAGAUGGAGGAGUGCAUUUACUGCGCUUGUAAGUUCGCCGAGAAACUUUCCUCCGAGCUCCGAGUCCCAGUUUAUCUGUACGGUUACGCUGCGCGUCAAGAUUACCGGCGAACUGUACCACAAAUCAGAUCCGGAGAGUACGAAGGGCUGGCCAACAAACUCGAGCUGCCAGAGUGGAAGCCCGACUACGGACCGAGUGAAUUCGUACCGAGCUGGGGAGCCACCAUGUCCGGCGCGAGAAAAUUCCUCAUCGCCUACAACGUCAAUUUAAUCUCCACGAAAGAGCAAGCUCACAAGCUGGCGCUCAACAUUCGAGAAGAUGGUCGGGGCCCCUCUCAACCAGGCAUUUUCAAGAAACUCCAAGCGGUCGGAUGGUGGCUCCAGGAGCACAACAUCGCCCAGGUGUCCUGUAACAUUCUGGAUAACGAUAUAACGGCAUUUCACGAAGUUUUCGAGGAAAUCACAAAUACCCCUGAAAGCGAUGCUGGAUGCGGCCGAAUACUACAUAAAAAAGAGAAACUCUUCAUACUCGAAGAUAACCAGAGAAUCCAUCUCGUCAUCAACCGGCUGGGUCUCGCUUCUCUCUCCCCUUUCGUGGCGAAAGAGAGAAUUAUCGAAUAUAUGUUGGACGACGAUACUUCAGAUUUGCUCAUGCAUAAGUCGGUGAAGGAGUUCGUCCAUCAAAUCGGCGCUCGGACCGUGGCUCCAGGCGGGGGCACAGUCGCAGCGGCCUGUGCGACCAUGGGCGCGGCUUUAGCUGCAAUGGUCGGAAAACUCUCGUAUGGUCGCAAGGCGUGGGAGCACCUCGACGAACCAAUGCGAAAACAUAUCCCAAUCGUUCAUCAGGCGAUGGAGGACCUCAUGCCGCUCAUAGACGCUGAUUCCGAUGCUUACAAGGGGAUCGUCGCAGCCAAUCGACUUCCGAAGACUACAGCGGAAGAAGAAGCGAUGCGGGAAGAAUCUAUACAGGCCGCCGUGAAACACGCGAUACACGUCCCACUAUGUCUUUGCCGUACAAUAGAUAAGCUGUGGCCGACGGUUCGCGAAUUAGCUAAAAUCAUAAAUGUUGCCUCGCGAACCGAUCUGCAGGUAGGCGUUAAAGUUCUGGAAACCGCCUCGUUCGGCGGUUACUUCAACAUUCUCACGAAUUGCGAUGAUCUCGCCGAUGAUAUCAUCCGACGCGACAUCAUAGCCGAGGCCGAACGGCUCAAGAAUAAUGCGCAGGCCAUGUGCUCCACAGUCUUGGGCAUUCUCGACCACCGGGCCAAAACCGAACUCAGCCAAAACUAA